AUGUCUUUUAUUAGAGGACUUUUUGAUCAAGCUAAGAGUUCGAUUCUCAUAAAGAACAAUGUUCUUGGUAGUGUCGAGCAGAUUCGUACUGCGACCAAAAGAGCGGCUGGUUCAAAAACCAACAAUAAGGACUCAGCAGGAAGAAGGUUAGGACCAAAAGCACACGAAGGUCACCCCGUGAAACCCGGUCAAAUCAUAAUGAGGCAGAGAGGUACUGUUAUUCACCCAGGGGAGAAUGUUAGACUUGGUAAAGACCACACAAUCUAUGCUGUUGAACCAGGUUAUGUUAGGUUUUACUAUGAUCCUUUCCACCCUAGAAGAAAAUAUGUUGGAGUUGCCCUUACCAAGGACAUAAGGUUCCCCAAGGACCAUUUUGCUCCAAAUUUGAGGAGGUUCGGGUAUGUACCAAUCACCGAUACAGCCUUGGCCAAAGAAGCCGAAGCAGAGAAGCUGAGAAAGGAGGAGUUAUUAUCACCCAAAUUGGAAAAGAUUCAACGAAGGAAGCAAUGGGUUCGUAACAAUAGAUUGAAGAAUUUCAAGGAGCAGGUUGCAAGCGAAUAUAAGUUGGAUUUUGGUGAGCAGGAGAUGAAAUUGGCCGCAGAACGCUUGGUGAACAUUUUGGAAUUGAUCGAGAACCGCGAUCCCUUAACUGCAGCCAAGAUGCAGGUUACUUAUAACAAAUUGUAUGACUUCAAACUCCAGUAUAGAAACCUGGAAUUGAGCCAGGAGGAGUUUGAAAAUGCCAAACAGAAUUAUAUGAAUUUGGCCAAGAAAGUAGAUGAUGCUGUUUGCGUGUCCGUAGAUGGAGUACUAUACAAGAGUAGGACCGAGGAAGAGAAUGAAGAACUUAAAAAGAAAUUAUUGUCACAAUUGGAGACGCUUUAUGAGACCGAGGCUGCAAGCAACGAGUACAGAUCCAAAGCUCAGCUGCUUGUUGAGACACCUGGCGCCUUUGACUUGACCGAGCGCGAACAGUUGAAACAACAAUUUGUACCCAAGAGAUUACCACUUGAUGCCCCAGGAACAGUCAUUAAAGAUAUUGAUCUCAAGAAUGUACCUGAAAACGUUGUUGUUGAGAGGAUCUACGAUGAAGAGGCCGGAAAAGUUAGGAUUUUUGGACGUCCAAAGACUGUGUUUGCAUAA